AUGAAGGAGAUGAGAUUAGGCGAGAGAUUCGAAGAGUUUGGUGAGCGUUUGAAGAGGUUUGAGUUGAGAGAGAAACGGUACGAAGAGUUUGAGGUGAAGGAGAAGCAGUUUGGAGAGCAGAGAUAUAAAGAGCUCAAGUCGAAAGAGAAGAGAUUAGAAGAACUUGAAUUGAGAGAGGAGAGUAUUGAGCAGAGAUCAAGAGAUAUCGAGUUGAAAGAGAAGCGGUAUGUAGAACUUAUUCAAGACUUCGAAGCAAAAGAGAAACGAUUAGGAGACUGUUUGAAGGAAUUUGAGGAAUGGCAUAAAGAACUCGGGUUGAAAGACAAGAAAAUUGAAGAAAGAAGUGAAGAACUUGUGUUGAAUGAGAAGAAAUAUGAAGAACGAGUUAAAGAGUUUGAGUCAAAAGAGAAGCAUUUCAAAGAGACGAUUAAGGAGCUUGGAUUGACAGAGAAAAGGUUCACUGACUGCCUUCAAACCCAAGUAAAUACCGAGCCCUUAGCAGAGCCCUUAGAAGAUUUUCUGGUUAACGAUGUUGAUAAUAAUUCGUCUUCUUCUGCUAGUCCUCGAUUUUGUGUAAAAAUGGGUGGAAAGAGUUUGCAAAUAUUCCUAAAUGAGCGGUGGAAAGAGCACGAUUUGAUGAGAGAUGAAGUGGCUGCUGCUCGACUCAUUCAAAAUCUUAUUAAAAGGAAGCAACUCCCCGGGGCUAUUAGGUUGAUUUAUGUAUUUAAGCUGGCCGACAAGUUUCCACCAAGAGAUCUCUUGAAGGAUUGCUUGAAGUGUUCAAACAAUUCUUCUAGAAGGCUUUUCAAGAAGAAAAACAGAUCACCUAAAGCACAGGUAAAAAACGAGGCUAUGAAGAAAAAAACUAAGCUGGCCCUUGGCAGCAAGAAACAUAUUGCUCCUGUCACUCCUGCUGCUGCCCCCAUCCCUGCUCCUAUUCCUACCUCCAUUACGGAAAAUAACCUUACCUCCCCAGCAACCAUUGCCAAAACCACUGGCCAUGCCCCUGCCCACUUGACUCCAGUGCAACAGCAUAGUGGUAGUAAGCGCCCUUGGAUAGCUGUUUCAGCAGACGCUGCACCAAAUACUUCCAAAGGUUCCACCUCAACUGCUCACUUAAUAGAACUGCCUCAUCAGGAGCCAGCAAGCUUGUUCAGCAAUAAAGUGAGCAGCACUGUUCAUUCCCAUGUAAAGAGUGGGCAAUUGUCAAAGGAAAGUACGCCAUUGGACAGCAGAGAGGCUUCUUUGGCUGUGAAUCCUCAGCAGGAUCCUAAAUGUUCAUCUGUCAAUGAGGAUGGAGAGAUAUUGAGAUCAUUACUUAACAACCAAGUGGAGUAUGAUUCGAUGCGAAGUAAAGUUUCUGAUGCUCUUCAAUCUGUACCAGAUCCAGAUAAGCUUGUUUUGGAUGCAAUAAAGGGAAUUUAUCCUUCAAACUUAAAGGGAGAUGAAGGCUUUAAGUUGGGUUUUUCUAGAAACUUCAUUUUAUUGUUGAAACAAUUAAUAUUUUCACCCCAGAUGAAGCCUCUGGUGAAAGAAGAAGCCACGAAGUUUGCAAAUGAUUGGAACUCAAGAUUGAAAAAUAAGAGAGAUGAUCCUUUGGAGGUCCUGGCCUUUCUGCAAUUUUUAGUAGCCUAUGGCUUGACCUCUUCUUUUUAUGCAAAUGAGAUUCUUGGUCUUUUGGAUACUGAUGUUUGGCAUAAAAAGGUACCUGAUUUAUGUCGGGUCCUUGGCCUGACAGAUAUCAUGCCUAAUUUCAUUCAAAAUGUUAUCAAAGAAGAGCAGCAGUUGGAAGCUAUUAAAUAUAUCUGUGCACUGGAGGUGGUGGACAGUUUCCCACUAGUACCUCUUUUAAAUGAUCAUUUGAUGAAUUCCAAAAGAAAAGCAGAGGACUUAUGCAAGGAAGGAGAUAAGUCACUUCCAGUUCAGCUUAUGGGGAUAAGCAAAGAGUUAACUGCUUUAAGAGCCGUAUGCAGCUGGAUUGAUAUUUACAAGCUUGAAGAUGAAAACUUUCCUGAAAUCCUUGAAAAGCACAUUGCGGAACAGGAAAAGCAGCAGGCAGAGAAAAAACAUGAGUAUGACUCCUCCAAUGUCAAAAAUGGACCUCGUACUAGAUCUAAAGCUACAUUACUGCAGCAGCAUCAACAACAACAAACAAGCUGUAGUCCCAAAACUUUGGGGUCGGAGAUGGAUCCUCAACAAACUAAUCAAGUUUCGACCACAGCACACUCUGAACCUGAAGAACACAGUGGAAGUAAGUGUCAUAGGACAGAAGUUCCAAGAGAGGCUCCACCAAUCUCUGCUGUUGGUGCCACUUCUGGUUUUCACUCUAUGCAAACCCCUAAUUGGCAGCCACCAGGUUUGUUUAUGGACCAAGAUGCACCAUACUUCAACACAUCAGCUAGACAUUAUAGUUUGUCAGGCUAUCCUCUGCCUAAUGUACAUAUGAACCCAUACAUUAUUCCUGAUUACCCUAGGGAGGCACUUAGGAUACCUGAUUAUUUUGAUAGGCCACUAUCCUUUGGUGGCCCUGCAGAUACAAUCAGGGGACCAGGAUUAAGUUCACUUGUUGACAGCUGUUCUAUUCCUUUUGUUUUGCUAUAUGAAAUGCAUGGAGGGAAUGAUCAUACAAUGGUUACCAUCAGGCUCCUCACGAGAGAAAAACGAAGGCUUGAUGCCGUGUGA